GACGUGCCUGUUCUCCACUCGGCAGCCACCGCCGAAGGACCAUCGCGAGAGGGAGGCGAAGGGACGAGCCAGUCAAGAGCGAGCCAGGGAAAAUUUCUGCGUAUCGAAAGAUGACGUCUAACUGGGCGUGGUUGGUGCUGCUGCUGUUCUCGUUGGUCUCGAUAGGCAUGUGCCUGCCUACGAACCUGAUGGAGGACGCCAAGAAGACGGACCAGGCUGUAAAGCCGAAAUCAAAACGAGCGCAGGAGACGUUGAUGUUUGGCAAUCAGCAGAAUCGGCAGGCCAACGCUGCCGCUGCCGCCGCCACCGCCGCCGGUGGUGAAUCUUUCACGUCAAAUGCGGAAAAACGAACCCUCGCCGCCUCGGGGCUGGGAGGCUUAAAAGCGGCUCUCGCCGAGGACGAUAAACCAUCCCCGGCCAAGCCACCCAGCAACUCCAUGUACGAACACGAACCGUACUCGCCGUACGACAAGAAUUACGAUUAUGGUAAGGUCAUCGUGAACGAGGUCGACGAGGACGUACCGCGCGUGUGGGACACGAUGUAUUCGCAAUAUUACGCGGGCGAGGAUCGUCGCAAGAGAUCGGAAAAGUCCACCGCGAGUCCACGGUCGAGCACGACGCUGCAACCGCCGACGAGCUCGCUUCAAACAAAACGCCUCAUGCCUGUCCCGGUGCCGACUCCAAUCAAGAGGAGCGUCCCGUUCUACCAGGAACCGCGGUACAAGCGAGAAUUGUCUCUGGACCUCGAUCCUGAGGACGUGUACACCCUUUUGACACUGUGGGAAAACGAACGGCGUAACGGGAAUUGGCGCAAAUACGCUAAUGAGGAAUAUGAGAAUAUGAUAGACGAUAACGAUUUCCUCGACGAGGAUGAUCCUAGAAACGCUCUCCAGUGGUUGCCGCCGAUAUAUCCCUCACGGCAUUACGACACGUUGUCGCCCUCCGACAUCGGGAUCGUCCGGACCCACCCUCCCAGUUAUUACGAACAAUACGGAAACCAGUUGGAUCAGCAGUACGAGGGCGCCGCGCAAUACGGCAAUCACGUUAAUUCGCAGUACGACUUCGUUUAUCCCCAGCGUGCCGCGUAUUACCCCCAGAAGAGAUUCAUGGUGUCCAAGAAGCGGACGCAGAGCUACGAUCCGUACCCCAGCGCUCAGCUGCAAUUAAGCUCCCAACCACGAAGCUACCAGUACCCCCAUCGAAUGGUCUACUAAAUAAUCCGCGACAUUGGGGUUGUCCAGAGGCACGCGAGGAAAAGUGAAGUGUCUCUCGGGCGAGAAUUCCACUGGAAGAAAAAGACAUCGGCGACCGACGUUUCCGGAGGAGUCGACUCUCCCUCGGCGAACGACGCUCCCUCGCUGUCGCUCCUCUUUAGCUAUCCUCCCUUUCUCUCGCAGGAGGCGGAACGGGCAACAGGCGACGAUGCGGAUUCACUUCUAAGAAACACGGUGCUCACAAAGAGAAGCUUUCUUCGAGUUCGCAAGAGCCGCGCUGAAGAACCGCGCGGGACGUGAGGCACAGACCUUUCCCAAUUUGGACCAACUCGAUCUAAAUAUCUCGGAAUGCAUAAAAUUCACGUUUAGUCAUUUUAUCAGAAAUUUUACGAUGACAAAUUUAACGAGACAGUCUGCAAAACAUAUCAGAGUCCACGACUCAAUAUUCGGUACAAUUUCCUACGCUGUUCGAAAAAAAAAAAA